UACAGACAAGCAUACACUGGGAACAGCCAGUCCCAGGUGCAGACGGCCAUGGACGGCUUUGAGGACAUCGUCAGGAGGUUCCCCAAGUGUGCCGAGGGAUACGCUCUUUAUGCACAGGUAGGAAUACGUUCUGUAUGCAGAGGUAGGAAUACACUCUGUAUGUACAGGUGCACUGUCUGUCAUUAACACUGUCUCACCUGACAUUAACACUGUCAUUAACACUGUCUCACCUGUCAUUAACACUGUCUCACCUGUCAUUAACACCGUCUCACCUGUCAUUAACACUGUCUCACCUGUCAGGUACACUGUCAUUAACACCGUCUCUCCUGUCAUUAACACCGUCUCUCCUGUCAUUAACACCGUCUCUCCUGUCAUUAACACCGUCUCUCCUGUCAUUAACACCGUCUCUCCUGUCAUUAACACCGUCUCUCCUGUCAUUAACACCGUCUCUCCUGUCAUUAACACCGUCUCUCCUGUCAUUAACACCGUCUCACCUGUCAGGUACACUGUCAUUAACACCGUCUCUCCUGUCAUUAACACCGUCUCACCUGUCAUUAACACUGUCUCACCUGUCAUUAACACUGUCUCACCUGUCAUUAACACUGUCUCACCUGUCAGGUACACUGUCAUUAACACCGUCUCUCCUGUCAUUAACACCGUCUCUCCUGUCAUUAACACCGUCUCUCCUGUCAUUAACACCGUCUCUCCUGUCAUUAACACCGUCUCUCCUGUCAUUAACACCGUCUCUCCUGUCAUUAACACCGUCUCAUUAACACCGUCUCAUUAACACCGUCUCUCCUGUCAUUAACACCGUCUCUCCUGUCAUUAACACCGACUCAUUAACACUGUCUCUCCUGUCAUUAACACCGUCUCUCCUAGCCAAUAUACCACUAAGGCUGUUCUUAGUCACGACACAAGGCCUGAAUACAGCCCUUAGCCGUGGUAUAUUGGCCAUAUACCACACCCCCUUAUUGCUAUUAUAAACUGGUUACCAAUGGAUUUAGAGGAGUAAAAGUAAAUGUUUUGUCAUACCCGUGGUAUACCGUCUGAUAUACCAUGGCUUUCAGCCUAUCAGCAUUCAGGGCUGGACCCACCCAGGUUCUAAUAAUAAAUCACAUCUUACCUGCAGUGGAUUGGCUGCUUGAGUAUGUGAAUCACCCUGAAACAUUUCUCCUGUGUGUCUGUUAUUCAGGCGUUGACUGACCAGCAGCAGUUUGGCAAGGCAGAUCAGAUGUACAACAAGUGCAUUGACCUGGAGCCAGACAACGCUACAACAUACGUCCACAAAGGGUGAGUUAGCCAGACAACGCUACAACAUACGUCACAAGGGUGAGUUAGCCAGACAACGCUACAAACAUAACGUCCACAAAGGUGAGUUAGCCAACAAAACGCUACAACAUACGUCCACAAAGGGUGAGUUAGCCAGACAACGCUACAACAUACGUCCACAAGGGGUGAGUUAGUCUGAAGGUCAGAGGCCUGUGGAUCUGUAGUGAGGCCCCUGGUGUGAGGAGGUAGAGGGGCAGAGGCCUGUGGAUCUGUAGUGAGCCCCUGGUGUGAGGAGGUAGAGGGGCAGAGGCCUGUGGAUCUGUAGUGAGGCCCCUGGUGUGAGGAGGUGAGGGGCAGAGGCCUGUGGAUCUGUAGUGAGGCCCCUGGUGUGAGGAGGUAGAGGGCAGAGGCCUGUGGAUCUGUAGUGAGGCCCCUGGUGUGAGGAGGUAGAGGGGCAGAGGCCUGUGGAUCUGUAGUGAGGCCCCUGGUGUGAGGAGGUAGAGGGGCAGAGGCCUGUGGAUCUGUAGUGAGGCCCCUGGUGUGAGGAGGUAGAGGGGCAGAGGCCUGUGGAUCUGUAGUGAGGCCCCUGGUGUGAGGAGGUAGAGGGGCAGAGGCCUGUGGAUCUGUAGUGAGGCCCCUGGUGUGAGGAGGUAGAGGGGCAGAGGCCUGUGGAUCUGUAAUGAGGCCCCUGGUGUGAGGAGGUAGAGGGGCAGAGGCCUGUGGAUCUGUAGUAAUGUUUCUGUGUGUUCAGGUUGUUGCAGCUCCAGUGGAAGCAGGACUUGGACCUGGGCCUGGACCUCAUCAGCAAGGCCAUUGAGAUCGACAACAAAUGUGACUUUGCCUACGAAACCAUGGGAACUAUUGAAGUUCAAAGGUUAGUUCAAUACUUUUAAAAAUAUUGCCCAGUAAUAAGUUUAGAGUUUGGUUUAGAAGGCAUUAAAUAACAUCUUUGUACAUUAUUUAAUUUUUUACAUUAACAACAAAUAUAACAGAAUAUACAGUCAUACUUUACAACCCAGUAUACAAAUAAAUACUAACUUUAUACACAGGGGUAUAUGCAUUUAAACAAGAGUAAAGGCUUCAUAGGCGUUUAGGGUUCGCUUUGCUUUACCUUUUAUUUGUAUGCUGCAUAAAAAAACAUCUGUUUUUAAAAGUGAGAAUCUUGGCUUUUCUUUAGCCCACUUGCAUUUACAGUAUGUAUAAAAUAUUGACCAUACAUAAUACAGAGAUUCAUUAUACUUUGUUCUGAUCCAAAUCCUGAUUAUUAAAUAACAGUCAAACAUCCUUCCCAUCAAGCUGAACUCUAGCACCAGUUGCUCUAAAAAGGAGAUGCUCAAGAUGUCCAAAAAAUCUUAGUACAAAUACAUGAAAUACAUUAGUUUCAUUUUCAAUUUGACAAAACACACUUUUUUUUUUAAUUAAGUGAAUAAUUUUAAAACACACUUCACGGACGUUGUUAGUGACACAAUACUUUCUAUUUAAAUUCCAUACCGCUUUCCAAUUAAUGUUAUUACAUUUAGAAUUCUGCUGACGUAAAAGGAGACUCGGUACAUUAAGAACACCUGCUCUUUCCAUGACGUACACUGAGUGGACAAAACAUUAAGAACACCGGCUCUUUCCAUGACAUACACUGAGUGGACAAAACAUUAAGAACACCUGCUCUUUCCAUGACAUACACUGAGUGGACAAAACAUUAAGAACACCUGCUCUUUCCAUGACAUACACUGAGUGGACAAAACAUUAAGAACACCUGAUAGGGGACAGAAUGAGGUCGGACCAUCAUAUAAUUGGAAAAUACAUUACUCUUACUGAUUUUCCACGUGGGCGAGGAUAUUGGACAUUUAAUCAAAGCCUAUUGGAUGAUAACUUGUUUUUAACUAGGACAGAGGAAUUUAUAACUGAUUUUUUCCAACAUAACAUAGGUACAGCAAAUCCCCUUAUUGUAUGGGACACUUUUAAAUGUGCCUUUUAGAGGAUAUGGAAUUCAGUACUCACCUCGAAAACAAAAGCAAUUUAGGUCAAAAGAGUCCAUACUAACAAAGGAAAUAGAAGGUCUAACAGAACAGAUAUAUAGCAAUAAAAACUAACAUAGAGGCUCAGAAUAAAUUAGAGGAAAAACAAAAAUAAAUGGAGAAACUUAUUCAAGAAAGAUCAAGUGUAAUAUAUUGUCAAAAUAAAGCAAACUGGAUGGAAUGUGGGGAAAAAUGCACCACAUUCUUUUUAAAUCUUCAACAUAGGAAUGCUAACAAAAAUAAUUUAUUGAAACUGGUUACAAAUGACGGAGUCACCCAUGAUUCGCCAAAUGAUAUUUUGAAGGAGGAAACAAAGUACUUUAAGCAUAUGUUUUCGUUUCAGUCGCCUCUAUCUCCUCUAACUGAAGCAAAUUGUAGAGAUUUUUUUUCUAUUGAUAAUGUAAAAUUAACAGCCAUACAGAAAGACUCAUGUGAAGGUGAAAUUACAGAGGAGGAACUUCUGGAUGCAAUUAAAGACUUUAAGUCUGGGAAAACUCCAGGGUUGGAUGGCAUACCAGUCGAGGUAUACCAAAACUUUUUUGAUAUACUCAGAGGACCGUUAUUAGCAUGUUUUAACCACUCCUAUGUAAAUGGUAGAUUGUCAGACACUCAAGAAGAAAGUCUGAUUUCAUUAUUACUGAAACAGGAUACAAGUGGGAAAUAUAAAGAUCCAGUCCAUUAAAAAAAUCGGAGGCCCCUUACACUUCAGUGUUGUGAUGCAAAAAUUCUAGCAAAAUGUAUAGCGCAUAGAAUUAAAAAGGUAUUGUCGGACAUUAUUCAUUCUAAUCAGACAGGUUUUUUACAUGGACGAUACAUUGGAGAUAAUAUAAGGCAAGUAUUGGAAACAAUAGAACACUAUGAAAAAUCUGGGAAACCAGGCCUGGUAUUCAUAGCAGACUUUGAAAAGGCAUUUGAUAAAGUACGACUGGGGUUUAUAUAUAAAUGCCUGGACAAUCUCUUAUAAAAUGGGUUAAAAUCAUGUAUAGUAACCCUAGGUGUAAAAUAGUAAAUAAUGGCUAUUUCUCAAAGUUUUAAACUGUCAAGAGGAGUGAAACAAGGUUGUCCACUAUCGACAUAUCUAUUUAUUAAUGCCAUUGAGAUGUUAGCUAUUAAAAUCAGAUCCAACAAUAAUAUCAAGGGAUUAGAAAUCCAGGGCUUAAAAACAAAGGUGUCAUUGUACGCUGAUGAUUCAUGUUUUCUUUUAAAUCCACAACUUGAAUCUCUCCACAGCCUCAUAGAGGAUCUAGAUACAUUUUCUAACCUCUCUGGAUUACAACCAAAUUAUGAUAAAUGUACUAUAUUACGUAUUGGAUCACUAAAACAUAAAAUGUUAACAUUACCAUGUAGUUUACCAAUAAAAUGGUCUGAUGGUGAUGUGGAUAUACUCGGAAUACAUAUCCCAAAGGAAAUAAAUGAUCUCACUCCAAUAAAUUCUAAUAGAAAGUUAGCAAAAAUAGAUAAGAUCUUGCUACCAUGGAAAGGUAAAUACCUGUCAAUUUGUGGAAAAAUCACCCUGAUUUUAACUCUUUAGUAUUAUCCCAGUUUACCUAUUUGCUUAUGGUCUUGCCUACGCCUAGCGAACAGUUUUUUAAAUUAUAUGAGAAAACAAUAUUCCAUUUUAUUUGGAACGGCAAGCCAGACAAAAUUAAACAAACCUAUUUAUAUAAUGAAUAUGAAUUCGGAGGACAGAAAUGAUUAAAUAUUAAAGCAUUAGACCUAUCACUAAAAGCUUCAGUGACACAAAAGUUAUACUUAAAUCCGAACUUGUCUCACCCCAUGUUCAAGAAUGGCCUUUUUCCCUUUAUUCAGAUUACAACCUCUCACUUUCAGUUAUUUGAAAAGGAAAUCAUCUCCCAGAUAUCACUAUUUCUAAAACAAGCCAUAGAAAGUUGGUUGCAAUUUCAAUUUAAUCCUCCAGAAACGACAGAAUAAAUAAUGCAACAAAUAUUGUGGUUAAACUCAAAUAUACUAAUUUAUAAUAAACCUUUUUUUUUUUUGACAAUGUUUAAAAAAGGUAUAAUCUUCGUAAAUGAUAUUAUCGGUAGGACUGGUGGAGUUAUGUCGCACAUGCAGCUAACAAAAACAUAUGGAAAUGUCUGCUCUACCAGUGUAUGUGUAUCAAAUACUUGUUCUCCCCACUGUAUAUAAAACACAUGUAAAAAAUAUAUAGGGUGUGUUCGUAAAUUAAAUCUGGAGUGCCAGAGUGCGCUCUGGGCGUUCGUAAAUUCAGGGCAUUGUCAGAUUGCCCAUUCGUAAUUUCAGAGCGUUUCGCUCUCGGAGUGUUCUGGCGGAGGAGUAGGGUUGAUCAGAGUGUUCUGACCUCACAACGGCAGUCAAGCACCCAAGCUAACUGGCUAACGUUGGCUAGCUUGCUAGCUACUUCCAGACACAAAUGAGAGAACAGCUCACUCUGACCAUUUUACUCGCCCUAGCAGAGCUGGUUAGGGUGUUUUUAUGUUAUCCAUUGGUGACUAACUGUGCUGCUGGCAACAAUUUAAUUACACUUUUUUGCCAACGUUUACUGACACCGGCCAUAUUCAACGGGUGUUGAGUGUUCGUAAAUUCAUCAGUUACUCUGCGCUCUGGCACACUCAGACGAGAGUGCUCUGAAAUCGGAGUAGGUAGCCAAAAUGAAUUUACGAACGCACCCAUAAUAUUUAUACAACGGGUGGGUCUAAUCCUGAAUGCUGAUUGGUUAAAACCGCAUUCUAGCCGGUGUCUAUUCCACAAGUUAGCACCGGCUAAAUCUAUGACGUUAAAAUGCCUAUUUACUCUGUACCACUGUCUCUUCAGCCCAGCCAGACAAUUUAUAAACUUGAUCUCCACUAUAAAAAGCAUCUAGACAUUAUCUCCCAUUUCUUUUAGACUAACAUUUAGUUUUGAACAGUGGAGAUUUGUAUAUGUGUGUGUGUGUGUGUGUGUGUGUGUGUGUGUGUGUAUGUAUAUAUAUAUAUAUAUAUAUGUAUAUGUGUGUGUAUAAACCUGUCUGUCUCUCUGGCAUUAUCAACAUUGUUUCAAUAUUGUAAUUCGAUCUCCAGGUGUACCAUAGUAAUGAACGUGUCAGGAGUCGGGACGAGACAGACAGGCAGCGUUUCUAUUAAUCAGCUGGCAUAAUUUUUUAUGGAUAUAUACAAAGAAAUGUCCAUUGAAAAAAGGUCAAACGAAACGAAAUGCAGCUAGUUUGCAGUCUUUCCAGCUUCAGUUUGAAGUGAUUGUGUUAGCUGGCUGUUGGCUAGCUCCUCUGAACAACAGUGUCCUGACGAGUGAGCACAUUGUCUUUGCCAGGUGAAAUCGCGCCUCAUUAGCUCAUUGUUAUGGAUGUAUCCAAAUAAAUGUUACUAGAAAACAGCUUAAACAAAUGCAGCUACUGUUGUUCAUCUGGCUGCACUGUUUGACGUGACUAAGUUAGCCGUAGUUGGCUAGCUAGCAAGCGAGGGAUAAAAACGUUGCCAGCCAGUAUGGCAAUAGAACAUUUACAGCGAAAAACUGGGUCGAGUCUAUAGACACAGCACAAAAAGACUGAACGACUGGGUCGCGUCCAUAGAUACAGAACAAAAAGACUGAACGACUGGGUCGCAUCUCUGGCAACCGAACCGAUGGAACAAACGACCAGCCGGCUUGGGUAGCAACCCUAGAUUUGUGUCGGGACUAUGUCUUGUGGAAGGAUUAAAUAGUAUGAAUAAAUUCAUCAAAAUAACGUUUUUAAUGAAAAUAUGUCAAUCGUUAUUUGAAUAUAAUAAUAAUAUAUAUGAAUAUGUUGGUAACCCGUUGUAUAAAAGUGAUAAUGCCCUCGAAGCCGGUGUUUGGAGGAUAUAUUGGCUCGGUUUGCCGCACCCGUGCCCGAGUGGCGCAGUGGUCUAAGGCACUGCAUCGCAGUGCUAGCUGUGCCACUAGAGAUCCUGGUUCGAAUCCAGGCUCUGUCGUAGCCGGCCGUGACCGGGAGACCCAUGGGGCGGCGCACAAUUGGCCCAGUGUCGUCCAGGGUAGGGGAGGGAAUGGCCGGCAGGGAUGUUGGUAGAGCAUGGCGUUUGCAACGCCAGGGUUGUGUGUUCGAUUCCCGCGGGGGGCCAGUAUGAAAAUAAAAUUAAAAUUAAAUAAAAAAUAUGUAUGCACUCACUAACUGUAUGUCGCUCUGGAUAAGAGCGUCUGCUAAAUGACUAAAAUGUAAAAAAUGUCAUAUCCUCCAAACACCGGCUUCUCUGGCAUUAUCACUUAGAUAAACUUCCCUCUCAUUUCAGGGGGAACCUGGACAAGGCGAUAGACAUGUUCAACAAGGCCAUCAACCUGGCCAAGUCAGAGAUGGAGAUGGCCCACCUGUACUCGCUGUGUGACGCGGCCCACGCCCAGACUGAGGUAGCCAGGAAGUACGGGCUGAAGCCACCCACGCUGUAA